CAGCUGUCUGUACAUCAGUGCUUGAUCACUGUUAGUUAAAAGCACCACUGGAGGCCUGGACAGACUCAACUAUCCAUCCAGCCAUGACGGAGUUUGCUCAAGUAGCUGUCGCUGUGUUCAGUCUUCUUUCCCUUGGACAGUCAGCUCCUGUGACCAGCUGUGACAAUCUUCUGCAACAAAAUUCAAUCCAAGGAAGAGAUCAAUUCCUUGGAACAUGGUAUUACAUAGGAGAGAGCACAAACAUCAUCGGAUCCAAGUUGCUGACACAAUCAGUUCUGCAGUCUAGCUGGUGGAACAUCACAGCUGGAAACAAGGACAAUGAUCUCAUCAGUUUUCAGAAUCAAAAAAUGUUUGGCUCUUGCUUCAGUCUAACCUAUACCGUAUCAGUGGAGAACAACACCCUGGUCAUGGUAAAUCCCUAUCCCUCCUCUGCAUUCCUGCUGAAUACUGGCUGUCUUGACUGCCUGGUGGUUUAUUCAAACUACACCAUUGGAAGCAGCCAAUACAAAGGCAUGCAGCUUAUGAGCCGGAGGACCGAGAUUUCUGCUCCAGAGCUGGAAGAGUUUAAAAAGCAGGUAGAGUGUUUGAAGCUACCAGAGCCAGCCAUACUGGAUUCAGAGAAAGGUUUUUGUCCUGAUCCAACUGUCUCUACAGAAAUCAAGAGUCUUGAUCUUUCCAGUGCUUUUAACUCCGAUGCCUUAGACCAACUGGAUAAGAUCUUAAAACAUGAAAAAGCAGUAGAGAUACUAACUGAAACAAUCUCUUUCAUCUCCAAAACGUCUACCUCUGCUAAAACUGUGGGAAAUUAACAUGGUCAGAAAUGUCAUGCCAGUGCCAUAAAAACACUUCGCUACAAUAAAGAUGUAAGAUCCAAACGGAA